CAGAAAACAGAUUUAAAGGGAGACAAAUCUCCCAUAGAGAAUCUACAUUAGAAACUGAAAAGAUGACUUAAUGACGUGUAGUCACCUUUACUCAUCUUUAUCUCUCUCUUUUUGUCUCUCUCUCUCUCUCGGUUUCAGAAUUCAAGUUCCCGCCGUCGACAGAGAGAUGAGAUCUUAUGGCAAAGAGAAGAAGCAGCAGCUACGGUUUCCUUACGUUUUCAUUGCGUUUUGUUUCUUCUUCGCCAUCAUUGGUUUCACUUUCUUCAUUCUUCUCUCUCAGAGACGUUUCAGUGAGAUUCCAACACGAAGAUCUCUAAACGAGGAAACUGAAUCUUUAGAUCAUGGUUCUGUCUCUAACAAUAUUCCUUUUAAGGUUUUAAGCUGGAGUCCUCGAGUUUUUUACUUGCGGAAUUUCGCAACUAAACAACAAUGUGAAGCCAUAAUCGAUAUGGCAAAGCCUAAGCUUAAGCCUUCUAAGCUUGCUUUAAGGAAAGGCGAAACGGCAGAUACCACUCGAAACGUUAGAACCAGCACUGGAGUGUUCAUCGGUGCUGAUGAAGAUGAGUCCGGGCUUUUAGAUGCCAUUGAAGAGAAAAUUGCUUCAGCCACAAGAAUCCCUAGUGAUUAUUACGAAUCAUUCAACGUCUUGAGGUAUCAGCUUGGCCAGAAGUAUGAUUCACAUUAUGAUGCUUUCCAUCCAGCUGAGUAUGGUCCUCAGACAAGCCAAAGGGUUGUGACUUUCCUAUUGUUCUUAUCGACUGUCGAAGAAGGUGGAGAGACGAUGUUCCCAUUCGAGAAUGGGAGAAACAUGAAUGGAAGUUAUGAUUAUGAUAAGUGUAUUGGUCUGAAAGUAAAGCCGCAACAAGGAGACGCUGUUUUCUUCUACAAUUUGUUCCCAAACAAAACAAUCGAUCGGACAUCUCUCCAUGGAAGCUGUCCUGUUAUUAAGGGUGAGAAAUGGGUUGCCACCAAAUGGAUACGAGACCAAAUCUAUGAUUGAAGACUUGUAAUUUGUGAAAAAAUUCAUUUUCAUUCAUAUUUACUUGUACAACAAUAAUAGUGCCUAAAAGGUCCAAAGAAGAUGAUCUUAAUAAGA